AUGUCAGCACUGUUCGUUUUUAACGUGAGAAUUGGACCCAUGGCCCUCGUCCUCUCAUUUGCGAAGCUUUGGGCCCAGUACCAGAAAACUAGCUUGAAUGGCCGCGUAUACAGUCAAUUUCUGUGGCUUAUUGUGAAAGGUAAGCUGCUCACCAAUGUCGAGAGGAGGCGGCAGCAUCUCACAGACUCCUCUCUGUGUACACUGUGCGGACGAGCGGAGGAAUCGACCCUCCAUUGCCUUCGAGAUUGUGCUCGUGCAACGCUAGUGUGGCAGCGGCUUCUUCCCGACAGUAUGCCUGGAUUUUUUUCCUUGCCAUUGCCUGAGUGGCUAUCUCAGAACUUGCAGAAUGGGUUACAUAUUAAUGUUAUCGGCUGGAAAACCACUUUCGGAGUUACGUUGUGGCAACUUUGGAGGGGCCGCAAUGAGGAGAUUUUUUCGGCUGUGGAGCUUAACGUUGAUGAGAAAAUCCAGGACGUGUACUCGUCUGUUGAUGGCAUUAAGUCGUCCACUUCAGUUGAGAGGCUCCUGGGAGGUCUCGGCAUUGGUCGCGACAUUCACUUUAUUCGGUGGGAACCUCCCGAGGGCGAGGGAAGUGUUGACCGGCUCCACCUUCACGUCGAGGUCCGUCUGCCUAAAACAUUGCUGAAAGGUAGUAUCCUUUGA